AUGACUUUGUCCCAUUUCAGUUCAACAGAAACCCUCAGAGAACCUGGGGUCACAGACAACUCCCUCAACUCAAGCCCUAAUCUCUCGCCUCGGAAUGACAAAGACUUCUCAAUACCAUCCACACCAGCAGAGUCAAUUAACCUUGAAAGCCAAGCCCCAGAAUCACCACCAUAUCAUGUGUUCACUCGGUCUCGCAAGUUGUUGAUGGUCAUUAUUGUCUCCUUCGCCGCCAUCUUCUCGCCGCUAUCUUCAAACAUCUACUUCCCAGCGCUUUCAGACGUUGCCGCGGAACUCAAUAUUUCCAUGUCUCUAGCUACCUUAACCAUCACGAUAUACAUGAUUGUUCAAGGUCUUGCCCCGAGCUUUUGGGGUGCUUUCUCCGAUGUGUUGGGCCGUCGUGUGCUUUUUAUGGGAACAUUUGGUGUAUACAUUGCUUCGAACAUUGCUUUGGCCGUCUCUACCAACUAUGGUGAACUUAUGGCUUUCCGAGCGCUGCAGGCUGCCGGAAGUGCCGCCACCAUUUCAAUUGGUGCUGGUGUCAUUGGUGAUAUCACCACCUCAGCGGAGCGAGGCAGUCUGAUUGGAAUCUUUGGUGGUGUCCGCAUGUUGGGCCAGGGAGUUGGACCAGUAUUUGGUGGAAUCCUCUCUCAGUACCUUGGUUUCCGAUCUAUCUUCUGGUUUUUGGUUAUUGCAUCCGGAAUCAGUCUUCUCUCUAUCUUGUUUUUCCUCCCCGAAACACUCCGUUCUAUCGCUGGCAACGGCACGGUUCCCCUUAAAGGAAUCUACAAGCCAGUGAUCUACUCCAUUCGCGGACAGAAAAAUGCACAGGAAAACUCGAUCCCGUCCGGAAAGAAGGGCAAGGUGACCUUCAAGACCGUGGUGGCACCCCUCACCUUUCUAGGCGAGAAGGAUGUCUUCAUCACCUUGUUGUUCGGCAGCAUUGUGUACACAGUCUGGUCAAUGGUAACUUCCUCCACAUCUUCCCUAUUCGAAGAACGAUAUGGCCUGAACUCACUGGAAGUCGGCCUCACCUUCCUGGGCAAUGGUUUCGGAUGCAUGACCGGCUCCUACACAAUCGGAUACCUAAUGGACUUCAACCACAAGCGAACAGAACGUGAAUACUGCCAGCAGCACAACCUUCCUGUCGACACUCGCAUCAACUUAAAGAGCCAUCCUGACUUCCCCAUCGAGUACGCCCGCAUGCGCAACACUUGGUGGAUCACUGCGACCUUCAUUGUCUGUGUCGCUGUCUACGGAGUGUCUCUCCGCACACACCUUGCAGUCCCGAUUAUCCUGCAGUUUAUCAUAGCCUACGGCUCCACCGCCAUAUUCACCAUUAACAGCGCCCUCGUCAUCGACUUGUACCCUGGUGCUAGUGCGAGUGCAACGGCAGUCAACAACCUGAUGAGAUGUUUGAUUGGUGCUGCUGGUGUCGCAGCUUCUCAGGCUAUUAUUGAUGCUCUCACUGCUCAGUUUGCAUUUGUUCUGCUCGCUGGCAUUACCAUGGCAAUGGUCCCUCUUCUCAUGGUUGAGAUGAAGUGGGGCUAUGGAUGGCGCAUUGAGCGCCAGGAGCGACUUCAAAAGAAGGAAGAGUCGGUCUAA